AUGAAGAUCAAGAAGCAGGCUACAUCGCGGCAUGAGUCCACUCUGUCGUCGAUGAUAGCUGAAUUCGUACGAGCCACAGAGUCCAUACCGCUCUACCAACUGCCUGCACAUCUUGCCUCGUUCCCAAAACACUGGCCGUUCCCCCGCGGUGACGCAUACCACUGGAUACCCGUGCUGAAUCGCUUCGACCGCAUACUGGAGCUUUUCAAUCAGGAAUAUGGCCUGGUAGAUGGGCCUCAGACACAGCCUUUCGGGCGCCGGUUACUGCUGAAAGGCGACGCAGAGGAGGGUAGCACAAGCUCGGACCAGACAACUACAGAUGCCAUUCUAGACACCCUGCACGUGUCGCAAGAUGGAGAUCGUGAGUUGGUCGAGAACGUUCUCAACUUCACGCGCAUGCUGCUAGAGAACUGUGGCAACCGCAGCCUGUACGCCAGCAGCGAGCGUCUAGAUAAGCUGCUCAACUCCACAUCGACCCCCCUACUCAAAGCCACCCUUCGCCUCGGUCAUCGUCUCGCUCAGCGCUUUAGUGCAGCUCGGCAGCGACUGGGAUCCGCCAACCUCCACCUCUCGUUGCUUGCAAGUCACUACAACAUCAACCUCGACAAGGUCCAGAAGCUCUCUGCUCCAUUCUCCAAGGGCCCCGCAGUGUCAGCGCCGAUUUUUGGUACACCAUCAGGCAAGGGCAAAGACAAGAUCGCUGAUCGGCGAGGCGAUACCGAGAGGAUAAGCCCCAGCAACCUGGUCGGGCUGUAUGCUUUACCCGAUUCCACUCUCAAGCAGGAGUUUGGAGGCGUCGCUCUCUCAUACUACGAGCCAACACCGGCAACCGAGGAGGCCACCUCAAAGCCAACAGCCACAGAUCCGCCAACUACACCAACACCCAUCCGAAGAACGUCAAACAUGGGCCCGAACCGCACCCCUCGCCAGCCUCAAUCGGCGCCCACGACUGACUCCCCUACAACACCUGCAUUCACACCUGGCAAUCCCAGCAGCAAGACUACAGGCCCGAAGACGUUCGAAUUAUCCGCCGAGAAGGUUUCAAGUAGCGAUCUGCACCAGCUCAUCAAACAGGGACUUGCCGAUCUGCCCGACAGCGUGCACUACGAAUUUCUACACAAAGUCCGAACUGCCAAAUUGCUUGCUGCUGGGAAGACGGGGCGUGACGACGCAAUCGCCCUUCGCAUGCUCGCUAUUGCCAAUUCUGGUUACGUGUACGGUGAGAAAGAGUUCCAUGCCAAGGUCGGUCAGCAAGAUGCCGACGAGCCACGUCGUCUGCAACUGGCAUACCAGCUCUCUGAAUUGGUACAUCCACCCAGUAAUGGAGAGCGUGGCAUCUCCACCGAGCUGCAAACAUUCGUCCUCGGCGCUUUAGAGGCCUUGGCCAAACACAAGGGCAAAGGUGCUGACAUCUGUACCGCUUUGAGUGUCAACGUUAACCAUGGUGUGCUCUUCUAUCUGGUGCGCAAGCUUGUAGCUGGUCUGGGUACAGAGACGCCUGCUGCGGACUACCUAGAAGAAGAUCAAUGGCGUGAUGCUUUGUUCUCCUUGCUCAACACACUUCCAGUUUCUCAACAACGGACUGGGGAAGGUAUGGUCUCUGCAGGCUUACUCGAGAUUCUGGUCGAGGCUCUCAAGCUACGCACGGAGAAGGCUGAACCUCUGGUCAACGCCAAGGGUCUUGACAUCAUCGCCGAUAUGAUGCAGUAUGAGGUCGACAUUGCCAAAAAGCUCGCAGAGGAUAACAAAGGCAUGCCCCAAGAGUAUAAGACGACAAUUGACGGAACACUUCGAUGGCUCUUCAAGUUUUUGAACCACAUGAUGGGCCACACUGGCACCAACAAUGAUCGUCUUAUGCGGACUUUGAUUGACUCGGCACAGCUGCUGACGGGGCUGCGAACUGUUCUCUCCAAUGCGCGCAUCUAUGGUUCGACAGUAUGGAGUACCGCCGUCCUCAUCUUGACCAGUUUCAUUCAUAAUGAGCCAACGAGUUAUCAAGUCAUUGCUGAAGCCAAUUUGAGUGCAGCCUUCUUGGAGAGUGUAGCUGGUGAACCCGCAGCAGAAUCACCAGAGGCUCUUGAGGAGAACAACGGCCAUUCAGACACCGUUCCGAAUCGCACGUAUGCUCCGCGGGUGCCUGGAGAGCCUUUGGCCGCUGGGAUUCUUCCAGUAGCUGAAGCUAUAUCAACUCUUCCUCCCGCAUUUGGCGCCAUUUGCUUGGCAGAAUCUGGCAUGAAAUUGUUCCAAUCCUCGACUGCACUGAAGCGAUUCUUCGAGAUCUUUGAGAGCCCAGAGCACAUCAAAGCGCUUGAUGCAGACACGGAGAUGCCCACCAUGAUCGGAAACUCUUUCGACGAACUUGUCCGUCACCACCCGCCACUGAAAGCCCGUGUUCUCUCCUGCUUGAGCGAAUUAAUUGCACGUGUCGUGCACCUAUGUGCCGAAAGAGCAGAGAAAGAAGGCAUCGGUGCCAAACUCUGGGUCGAAACCGCCGAAGGACAAUUGAUUGUUGCUGGUGGUCGCCAAGCUCUGUCUGGAUCACAAACGCAUCGUCGAAUCGUACCACAACCCGAUGCGACAGGUAAUGAUAUCGUGAUGCAAGACACCGAUGAAGAAGCAACCACCGGCUCUGUCAUCGAAGCAGUGACCGCCGAACAAGUCACCGAGACAGAGGAUAGCACCAAGGGCCCCACUACUGGCCAAUACAUCCGCGUCCUUUGCCGUUUUCUCUCUGGCUUCUUCUCGAACCAUGCCAUGUGUAGCGCGUACAUCGAGGCCAAUGGCGUAGAGUCUAUUCUGGACAUUUCCAGUCUCGCUUGCCUGGACCCGAGGUCUAAUGAGAGUCGCAGCAUGACUGAGGAGUUCAGCAGAGUUGUGCAAGUAUUGGUUGAGCAAAAGCCACACAUUGCUGUACCUUCAUUGAUCAAGCGUACUCAACAAGCCUUGGAACAUCUAGAACCUAUGCUUGAUCACACAGGAGCUCAGGCUUUCUUCGCGCCCUUCACCAGUGCUGGCACAGCACGGGAUGAUGGCAACUUGCAUAACGGAACCGAAUACGUCAAAUCGUUAGUAUCUGCGUUCACACUUGUCGGUGCUAUGACCUUGACCUUCCAGAGUCAGAUGUACAACGCGCGCGGAGCACACAGUCUGUCCAGUCAAGUCAACCUCGCGGACAUUCUCGGGAAGCUUCACAGGAGCUGUGUCUGGGAAGAGCUUUCUCUGCAGAGGAAUAUGCCUGCUGAAUGGGAGAAAGCGACGCGUGUCAAAAGUACAGGUUUUGGCAAUGCUGAAGCCGACCUGGUCUUCCGUAUGGGCACCAGUGAUAGACCAUCUGAGACUGCUGCGCCAUCGACCACGGAAGACUCUAGCAGUGGCGAUGCAGCUGCGCCCGAACCUUCGGUUGCGAAAACUUCUGUUCUGAGCCAGGAGAGCGCACAGUUCAAGAACACUCAAAUUCUUCGGAACUUGCUGAGCAAGAUUCCAACAGAGAUUGCGCCCUUUUGCCAGUCCCUUGGAAAACUCCUCUUGUUUCGUCGCAGUCUCGAAGCAUACCAACGACAAUGUGCAACAGUCGUUUCGGACCAGCUUGCGCAAGCCGUGAUUGAUCAGCUGCAGUAUCGUGGACCGCAAGAGUCGGAUUCUGCCGAGGAUCGCUACGCCUACUGGGUAGUCAUCCUUACAUCUUUGUCACAGCUUAUGAUCGAUGCGAACCUGGACCGCCCGCAAGCUUUGACCCUACUUCUAGUUUCCUUCCGAAACUUGGGUGGCUUUGAAGUUUUGGGCGACAUAUUAGGCAAGUUCUAUCAAUCUGCGCUUGAGGUCACUCAAAAGCAGGGUGAAGAUGCAAACGAGGAGUCCCAGCGCUUGCUCAACUUGUCCCUCGGCGGUAUAAAGAUCAUCUUAGCGUUCUAUUCGCAAAUCACAAGCUUCAAGAUCAUUGGAGAGUCACAGCAAACCUCCACGAUGCAGAGUCGGCCAGAUAGAGACCGAGAGCGCGCAGAUUAUUUCUCGACUGCACAGUUCCUGGUCGAGCUUCGCUUCGCUGUUAUCAAGCCAGUCGAGAAGAUAUGGAAUUCAGAUCUGAUGGACAAGGCAACUACGUCCAUUGUGAAGACUUCCAUCAACAUUCUGAAGUCUGUUCUAGACUGUGAUGGGGAGCACGGUGCCUAUGCGACUGCCGACAAGAUUCCGAAGCGCAGCAAACCUAUCAUCAAGCCUUGGACACCGCGCAACGCGGGAUACAUACAGCAACUGAAGGACGCCGACUUUUCCGAGAGCUUGGCCGAGGAGGCUCUGUACCGUUGUUGCGACAAUCUCAACAUGGCGCGUGAGUACUGCCAAAACCAGGCUCGUCCACAGUCUUCGCGAAAUCCGAUUCCGCAGUACGAACUCGAAGCGCGUGGGCCGCCAUCGUCCUCACCAAGCCGAGCCGAAGUUGUUGUGCCUGAGCCAACGGACAGUGUCAGCAUGUCCUCGAGCGAUAACACCCAGGAUGAUGAGGGGUCGGAAGCUCCAGACACUCAAUCAAUUGAGAUGGAGGACGUCAGUUCACAAGACGAGACAGGUGAACCUUCUGGAACGCCUGUGCCCGACAGUCGAACAGAUGCUUCAGGCCCUACGCCACAUGAUGCUCUGGCGUAUCAAAAGAGAAUGCGUGCUGGAAACAUGGCAGAGGCUGUCGCCCUGGAAGAUCUCGACAAGGCUCGAACUGAGCUUCGGCAAACCCUAGUUGACCGUUCUCUUGACAUCCUCAACUCCCAUGAUGAUGUCACGUUCGAGUUGGCGGAUCUCAUAACCGCAGCGGUUGCAAAGGCCGCCGAUCCAGGCUCGAUGCGCAAUGAGAUAGGUACUACGCUUGUUCAGUCGCUGAUCUCGCUACAGUCUGAAGACGACUUCCGCUCACAGGGCAAAAAGAUUUCUGCUCUCAGCGCAUCUAUUGGCUUUGACUUUUACGACGUCAUUGUUGAUGAGUUGAAGGAUAACUUCGUCACGUUGCUGGGUUUCGUGAAGAUAUUUCCUGACCAACCUGCCGACGAGUCUUCCCCUUGGAUCGGCCAAGUGUUAUUGAUCAUCGAGAAACUACUAGCGGAAGAUCAGUUGCCACAACAAAUUACCUGGACGCCGCCUACUGGAGACUCUACUGAGCCAAUCUCAGCUGACCAAUUACCGGAGCCUAUUGUUGGUGUUGACGAGAAGAACCAGCUGUUUGAUGCUAUCAUGGAGAUGCUACCGCGCAUUAGCAAAGACGAGUCGCUUGCCUUGUCAGUGACGCGUGUUCUGGUCAUGCUGACCCGCACGCGCAAGAUUGCAGCUCGCCUGGCAGAGAAGCGCAACAUUCAGCGACUCUUUUUGAUGAUCAAGCAGCUUGCGGGCAUUACCAAUGAAGGUCUGCGCAGUGCUCUCAUGAUUGUUCUUCGCCACAUGAUUGAAGACGAAGCGAUGAUCAGACAAAUCAUGGGCACGGAGAUUCAACAAAUGUUCGAGUCGCGCGAUCGUAGGCAAACUGACACGACUGGUUAUACUCGUCAAAUGUACGCACACGCUGUCCGCGCUCCAGAACUCUUCGUAGAAGUCACCAAUGAGAAGCUGCAGCUCGCGCGCUUCGAUCCCAAUCAACGACCACAAACGCUCAUUCUCAAGAGGGAGGAGGCACCAUCUGCUGAAGCUGACGCUUUGCCUGGAGCCACAACUGGGCCUGUCGAUGCCCCCGUUGAAGAAGACCGCCCGAAGGAGACUAUCGAACCCAAACCCCUCCUUGAGCGGACCAAGACCGCGGAUCUCAAGGUUCCGAUGGUCGAGAACUCUGAUGGAGUUAUACACUACCUUCUUUGUGAACUGCUUGCCUACAAGGAAAUUGACGACACGCCCGAGCCUGCGAAGACAAGUGAAGCAACACCCGAGGUUUCAGGGAGUGAGCAAGCGGCGCCAGAGGCGUCAUCAUCAGCUGUUACCACAACUCCGGAACUGAGUAAGCCAGAAAAGCCGGUGUUCAAAGCCGAUACGCAUCCCAUUUAUAUCUACCGAUGCUUCCUUCUCAAGUGCUUGGCAGAACUACUCCAGAGUUACAACCGCACCAAGAUUGAGUUCAUCAGCUUCUCAAGGAAGGCUGAUCCUUACACUACGACUCCCUCGAAACCGCGUUCGGGUGUCUUGAAUUAUCUGCUGAACACCCUGGUGCCAGUCGGCACACUCAACCACGAGGGUGAUCUUGCGUUCAAAAAGAAACUGGCCACCUCGAAUUGUGCAAUUGACGUCGUUGUCUCACUUUGCCACAAGACUGGAGAAUAUACUGUUCCGAAGGCCGAGGCCCAGCAAUCUCCGUACGCAGAAACCGAGCAAGACUUGUUGUUUGUGCGCAAAUUCGUACUGGAACAUGCCCUUAAGGCCUUUAGAGACGCCAAUGCUUGGGACGAACCUCUCGACAUGAAGUAUUCGCGACUACUCGGCAUUUCUGACAUCUUCUCCCGCAUGAUCUCUCAGCGCUCCAAUGGGGAGAUGCUGACUCAGAAUGCUGAGUUGACACCAAAUCUCAAGCAAAUGGCGAAGAUCAUGUAUGAGAAGAACUUCAUCACCAUAUUGACUACUGCCAUCUCAGACAUUGAUCUCAACUUCCCGAACGCCAAGCGCGUCGUCAAGUACAUUCUGAAGCCUAUGAAGUGGCUGACUUAUGUCGCUAUGGACUUGAGCAUGCACUACGACACUUCAUCAGCACCAGAUUCGGCCGACGAGUACGAGAUUUCCACAGCAUCUGAUGACGAUUUAGUCGACACCGGGCGCGAAGAGACCCCGGACCUUUUCCGUAAUUCGACUUUGGGCAUGUUUGAGAUGCCACACGACUCUGCAUCAGAAGAUUCCGAGGAUGAGGAUGGCGAGGAGAUCAUGUAUGAUGACGCGUACGCUGAUGACAUGGAAUACGACGAGGACGAGCCAGGAGAUAGAGAUGAGGUUGUCUCUGACGAUGAUGAGGACAUGAUGGAUCCGGAUCUUGGAGAUAUCGGCCCGAUCGAGGGUAUGCCUGGCGACAUCGAGAUUGAAGUAGAAAUGGGUGGUGACGAAGAUGGUAUGGGUUUGGAUUCUGACGACAAUUCUGAAGAUGAUGAGGGAGAUGAUGAGGAAGAUGACGAUGAUGAAGACGAUAUGGAUGAUGACGAUGAUGACGAUGACAUGGACGACGAUGAAGCCAUGGAGGCUUUAGAAGCACUUGAAGAGGUCACGGGCGAUGACGAAAACGCGAGUCUCGGUGAUGAUCAAGAGGACGACUGGAGUGAUGAUGCAGGCGACUUUGGCAUCAUUAAUGGAGAAGGCAAUCUUCCCCCUGGCGCACUCGAUGGGAUUGUUCUUGAAUCCGGGACUAGAAUGAUAGACGAGAGAGGACACAUGGCUGGAUUCCUCGGUGAGGAAAUGGGAGAAGAAGAUGAUGAGGAAGGAGACGAAUUCGACGACGAGGACAUUCACUACGACGUUGAAGCCGAGGAUGAUGACGACGACAUGGCUGACUUAGGCGCAUGGACAGGCGGUUGGGAUGAACCCGCGCCACCAGCACAUCGUCAUGGCCAUCGACUGAGCCCAUGGAUGUUUCCAGCUGGACCAGGUGACCGCAUCCUGGUACCUGCAUAUCGUUCCCAUCGUCCAGGUGCCGGCCCACGCGUGACAGACGAUGGCAUCAACCCUCUCCUUCAGCGUGGUGGUCGUUCCUCUGGUCGCGGUACCGAAGGUCCAUUCAGAAAUGAGGGUAUGAGUGAUUGGGUCCACGCCAUCGAAAAUCGUGGGCCACGUGUCUUCCCAUCUGACAGUCCUGUCUCGUUUAUCAGCAAUCUUUUGAACGCCAUGAGUCAAGGCAAUGGUCCGGUAUUGCAUCAGGCUGGAGGUGCAUUGCACCUCUCGUUCAACAGCGUACCCAUGGGUAUACCCCAUCCGUUCGAUUCGGGAUUGCGCCGCGAAGCCAAUCGCAUGCGUGAAAUGUCACGUUCUGCGCGAGAAGAUCCACAUUCGGCUAUCACUUUCGUCAAGGCUAGUACCAGCCAGCGUUGGCAAGAGGAAGCCAGAUUGCUCUAUGGCCCGAAUGCUAUCGAGAAGGGUUCGCGCGUCGUCAACUCAAUUCUCAAGGUCAUGGUGCCCCCUGCCAUGGAGGCAGCCAAAAAGCGCCAGGAAGAGCGAGAGGCGGAGGCGGCUCGCAAGGCCAAAGAAGAACAAGCGCUGAAAGAGCAGCAGGAGCGUGAAGAACGCGAAGCCAAAGAGAAGGAAGAGCGUGAGCGACAAGAGCGCGAAGCUGCCGAGGCAGCAAGUCGUGCAAACGAGCAGACUGCGGAACCUCAGGCAGCGGAUGAAACUGCAUCUGCAACACAAGCUCAAGCUAUGGAGGGUGUGGAAGCAGGUGCAACAGCUCCUGAAGAGCCAGCGGAACCGUCUGAACCUGCAGCAGACACUCGUCCUCGGAUUAUGACAACACUCAGAGGCCACGAGUACGAUAUUACCGACUUGGGCAUAGAUCUGGAGUAUCUUGAUGCCUUGCCAGAAGAGCUUCGAGAGGAGGUCCUGAUGCAGCAAGUUGCCGAGCGCAGACAAGAAGAACGCGCCCAGAGGCAGCAACAACAGCAAGCACAGCCACAGCAAGCUGCCGCUGAGCCUGCUGCUCCAUCUGGCGAUCAACCUACGGACAUUGAUGAACAGUUCCUAGCAGCUCUACCUCCGGAGAUCCGGGAGGAGCUUCUGCAGCAGGAAGCAGCAGAGAGACGCCGCCGCGAACGCGAAGAGAACCGUCGCCGCAAUCAGACGGGUGGUGUCGCUCCACAAGCUGAAGACAUGGACACUGCCAGCUUUCUUGCAUCGUUGGAUCCUACUUUGCGAGCGGCAGUACUCAUGGACACUGAUGAAGAUACGUUGCGGCAGCUACCGCCCGAAAUCUCCGCCGAAGCUAGAGCUUAUGGAGGUGAUCGUCGUCUAAACCAGUUCAAUGAGUAUGGCUACCGUCGUGGAGACAGACGUGGUCAACAGGAAGAUGCGACACAAAAGAAGAAGGCCCGACCUUGUGUUCAAAUGCUCGACAAAGCAGGCGUCGCAACACUAUUAAGGCUUAUGUUUAUCCCACAGCAGGGCAGCGCGAAAACCAGUCUCAGCUCGAUUCUGCGCUACGUGUGCGAGAACCGUCAGAAUCGCGCCGAGGUCAUUAGCAUUCUACUUUCCAUCCUCCAAGACGGUAGUGCAGAUGUCAAUGCAGUGGAACGAAGCUUUGCUCAGCUAUCAAUUCGGGCAAAGCAGCCUCAGCAACCUGCAGAUAAGACACCCAAAUUAUCGCGAAAGAAUGGAUCCUUGUCCAUCAAUGCGGAUGUCUCCCCGCUCAUGGUUGUUCAGCAAUGUCUCAAUACGCUCACACAACUUUGCGACAAGAACCCUGCCGUCUGGCAGUUCUUUCUUACCGAGCAUGAGACUGGAGUUGGCUUCAAGAAUCGCGGUAACCGCAAAGGCAAAGCCAAAGACACCAAAGACGCCAAGGCUACACGGUUCCCAGUGAACGCACUGCUUACCUUGUUAGACCGCAAACUCAUCGUCGAGAGCUCAUCCAUUAUGGAACAGCUAACUGCCUUACUCAAACACAUCACACAGCCUUUGCACAGCUUGAAGAGUGACAAGGACAAGGCCAAAGAUGAGGCAGAGAAACAGACCGAUUCAGCAAAUAUACCCGGUCAUGCUAUCGACGUCGCACCCAACGUUGAGCAGUCUGCCUCCACUUCGGAACCUCAGACUGGAGUGCAAGAUACGGAAAUGACCGCUACCUCAGAAGCCGCGGGCCAACCAACCGACACCGCCACUGAAGGCGAAAGCAGCACUACCACUGCGAAGGAUACGGACCCUAAGCCCGAGGACGACAAGUCCAAGAAGCAUCGUCCGCUGAUACCUCCGGAGAUCCCUGAGAAUAAUUUGCGCCUCGUUGCCAAAAUCCUCGCUGCACGAGAAUGCAACAGCAAGGUGUUCCAAGAGACGCUGUCCGUCAUCAGCAAUUUGUCGCCCAUUCCUGGCGCAAAGGAAAUAUUUGGCCACGAGUUACUUGGGAUCGCCAAAGACCUGGCGCGGUCAACAUUGGACGAUCUUGCAAGCCUGACCGUGCAGGUUUCGAAGGCAGACUCACCGACAGACGUUCAAGGCAUCGCGCUUGCCAAGUUUUCACCAGCAAGCUCGGAUCAGACCAAACUGUUGAGGGCACUCACCGCGCUGGACUACCUUUUUGACCCCUCGCGUGACAGUAAAGAUAAGCCAGAAGCUCGUGCGGAGGCUCUGGAGCCUGCUCAGAAGGAAGACAUAUUGCUAUCUCUGUACGAAGAUGCCGCCUUUGCACCUUUGUGGGAGAAGCUGAGUGGGUGUCUGACGGUCAUACGCCAACGCGGAAACAUGCUCAACAUCGCCACAACGCUGCUACCUCUGAUUGAGUCGCUGAUGGUGGUCUGCAAGAACACCACUCUCAAGGACGUCCCUCUGGCAAAGAUGCUUCCCAAGGAGUUUGCGCUGUCAAGCCCGCCUCCAGAGAACAAGAUGGAAAACCUAUUCUUCAACUUCACAGAGGAGCACCGCAAGAUAUUGAACGAUCUCGUUCGCCAGAAUCCCAAGCUCAUGAGCGGCACUUUCUCGCUCCUGGUGAAGAAUUCAAAGGUGUUAGAGUUUGACAACAAGCGCAACUACUUCAAUCGGAAGCUUCAUUCCAGGAGCGGCGAUCGCCAACCCCACCCGCCUCUACAGCUUGCUGUCCGUCGAGAUCAAGUCUUCCUGGACUCGUUCAAGUCUCUCUACUUCAAGUCCGCCGAUGAAAUGAAGUACGGAAAACUCAGCAUCCGCUUUCACGGUGAAGAGGGUGUCGACGCCGGUGGUGUGACUCGUGAGUGGUUCCAGGUCAUCUCGCGGCAGAUGUUCAAUGCAGACUACGCCCUCUUUGUUCCUGUCGCGUCUGAUCGCACAACAUUCCACCCCAACCGCCUCAGCUCCAUCAACCCUGAGCAUCUCAUGUUCUUCAAAUUUAUCGGGCGCAUCAUUGGUAAAGCACUGUAUGAGGGCCGUGUUCUUGAUUGCCAUUUCAGUCGUGCCGUAUACAAGCAGAUCAUGGGCAAGCAAGUGAACUUGAAAGAUAUGGAGACACUAGACCUUGAGUACUACAAGUCACUAGAGUGGAUGCUGAACAACGACAUCACGGACAUCAUCACAGAGACAUUCUCCGUAGAGGUUGAAGCCUUUGGUGAGAUGCAGGUCGUGGACCUCAUCGACAAUGGCCGCGAGAUUCCAGUCACCGAGGACAACAAGCACGAGUACAUCCGCCUCAUCACCGAACAUCGUCUCACUGGCUCGGUACGCGAACAGCUCGACCACUUCCUCAAGGGCUUCCAUGACAUUGUACCUUCAACACUCGUGUCCAUCUUCAGCGAACAAGAGCUGGAGCUGCUCAUCUCUGGUCUGCCUGACAUCAAUGUCGACGACUGGAAGAACAAUACUGAAUACCACAACUAUACUGCCGCCUCACCUCAGAUCCAAUGGUUCUGGCGUGCAGUACGCACAUUCGAGAAGGAAGAGCAGGCCAAGCUGCUACAGUUCGUCACCGGUACCUCCAAGGUGCCUCUCAACGGCUUCAAAGAACUUGAGGGUAUGAACGGCUUCUCCAAGUUCAACAUCCAUCGGGAUUUUGGCAGUAAAGAUCGUCUACCAUCUAGUCAUACAUGCUUCAACCAGCUCGAUUUGCCCGAGUACGAAACCUACGAAGAUCUCCGCAAAGCACUCUACACCGCCAUGACUGCUGGAGGCGAGUACUUUGGUUUCGCUUAA